CCCCCUUCCCGCGGCGGUGGUACGUGUCGCGCAUGCGCAGUGGGGCGGCCGGUGCUCGGCUGUGUUUACAGCUCCGGAGCGCAGCGUGACGGCCCCGCCGCCGGGCCGGGAGGGGAGCGGAAGCACCGGGCUGCGCCGCGCCGACCCGCCGCUAAGUUUUAGUGCUUAUAGAAAACCGUUGAAGAUGGGAGGUGCAGUGAGCGCAGGAGAAGAUAAUGAUGAAUUAAUUGAUAACCUGAAGGAGGCACAAUACAUCCGGACAGAGCUGGUAGAACAGGCGUUCCGAGCCAUUGACCGAGCAGAUUACUACCUGGAAGAGUUCAAAGACAAUGCCUACAAGGACUUGGCGUGGAAGCAUGGAAAUAUUCAUCUCUCAGCACCGUGCAUUUACUCUGAGGUGAUGGAAGCUUUGGAUCUGCAUCCAGGGCUGUCGUUUUUGAAUCUUGGCAGUGGCACCGGCUAUCUGAGUUCUAUGGUUGGACUCAUCUUGGGUCCUUUUGGCGUUAACCAUGGCGUGGAGCUUCAUUCCGAUGUGAUUGAAUAUGCAAAGCAGAAACUGGACUUCUUUAUCAAAACAAGCGACAGCUUUGACAAAUUUGAAUUUUGUGAGCCAUCUUUUGUUACCGGCAAUUGUCUAGAGAUUUCUCCGGACUGUACUCAGUACGACCGUGUUUACUGUGGGGCUGGAGUACAGAAGGAACACGAGGACUACAUGAAGAACCUGUUGAAAGUUGGGGGAAUUCUUGUCAUGCCUCUAGAAGAGAAGUUGACUAAGAUAACUCGUACGGGUCCUUCUGCCUGGGAGACCAAGAAGAUUCUUGCUGUUUCUUUCGCUCCUUUGGUUCAGCCCAACCACGCGGAUUCAGGAAAAUCCAGGCUUGUUCACUUGCCCCCAGUGGCUGUUCGCAGCCUCCAGGACCUGGCUCGCAUUGCCAUCCGAGGAACCAUUAAAAAAAUCAUACAUCAAGAAACGCUGAGCAAAAAUGGAAACGGGCUGAAGAACCCCCCCAAAUUUAAACGAAGACGUGUGCGUCGCCGCCGCAUGGAAACUAUUGUUUUCUUGGACAAAGAAGUCUUCGCUAGUCGUAUCUCCAACCCGUCAGACGAUAACAACAACAAUGAGGAUCUGGAGGAUGAGAGACAAGAAGACGAAGAAACUAAACCCCCUGAAUUAAAGCCAGAUCCCCCUGUAAACUUUUUGAGAGAAAAGGUCUUGAGUCUGCCUUUGCCUGAUCCCUUGAAAUAUUACCUGCUUUAUUACAGGGAAAAGUAAUUUCCUUCUUUUAGAAAGUAGGAAGUAGGCAGAAAACAAAAUACUACUUAGGGCUUGACAAAUGUACCACUUGCUUGCCUGCUAAUCUGACCACCCGAGGCAGUAGGUUAGCUGGGGAAUGUGGCUGCUGUAUACUUCAACUUUAGAGCUUUUUAAAGUUUUUCUUCUCAGUUGUGUGCUAUAGUUUUAUCUUACAGCAGGGAUUCCUUAGGAAGCGAGUUGGUGAAAUGCUCAGCUGCUUAUGAAAGGGGGAUUUAACUCCCUGAAACUGACUACACAGAGAUUCUAAAAAUCUCAUGGCUGCUCUACUGAACUGCAGUUUUAAAUAUUCCUAAGCAGUUCCCCAAAGACGUCUGCUGUCUCUGCUCUCUCCCUCUAAACCUGCCAUGUGUUUCCUGUGGUGUGUGUUUAAUGGAGGACGAAGAUUAUUAGUAAAAACUGACCUGGCAAACCUUGUUUCUUCCAGAAAUGUGGAAAAGCACAACUUUUACAAACUGAAAGAAUUUUUGGUGUUACCCUUGUGGCAUCCAGGUUUUGAAUGAGAAGGAAAGCAUCAGCUCCCCUUUGGUUGGUCUCAGUUUUGCUUAUCAACUUGAUAUAAUUUUUCCAGUGGAAGGUAAAAAUGUUUUACAGAAUAUUGGAUUUUUUCAUGGGAGACACCUGUUCUAGUGAAUUAGUCUAAGAGAUGCAAAGUUGUUUUGUCUUUUUUUUUUUAAGUGAUGGAGGCAAGUGGAGAAUUGCAGAGCUGAUCAGCUGUGAUGGGAUGGGAGGGUCGGCAGGGCUGUGACUGUCUCUGGAAGCGUUUACAGAGUAAUUCUGGGUGAGGAAGAGCGUAGAGAGGAGAUGCGGACCAGUGAGGUCGUGAAAGCGGAAUCUGCAGAUUUUGCUGUUGUGCGAGAUUAGAUCUGCUGGGCUGAACAGAGCGAAGCGCAGAGCGCUGGCCUGAGUGGAGUGGCUUGUGUCCUGGUAAAUCUGCCCCAUGUAGUUUUGGGGAGAACAUGUAGAACCUGAAAACAGUCUAGAAAAUCAAACAGACGCAGUUUGUCGGUGUUCCUGUCUGCGUGGCCCGGCUGUAGCGAAGGGGCUGGAAUACAACGUGUACACAUGGUCCAUGUGCGGUAGGUGGAAUGAAAUUGAUUGACUUAGUAGGUUAUUUUAUUCCUGCAACAAUUAAGUAGAUGCUUUAACAGGCUCAUAUAGAAGGACGUUCCACUCUGCAGUUCUGUGGAUGUGAACUCUAAUUUUUAUUCCCAAGUCUUCCUGUAAUGGGGAUGGAAGGAGAUACCAUGUUUAGAAGUAUUUGGUUCAGCCUGUUUGAAAAAAUCAACCUAAACUGGUAAAGGCUGGCAGGAGAACCUUGAGCUUAUAUUGGUGUGAAAUACUGCUGAAGCUGGGGGGCAGGGGUGACAAACCCCCUCGCAGUAGGUACUAAAGCUGUGUGAAGAUGUUGUCCCAUCAGAAGCACUUCAGUUGGUAUCACUUUAAUAUCUUCUUUUCUUUUAUGCCAUCUCACUUUCUGAGGAAGGAUGAAUGAAGAUGGUCUUGCCAAAAAUACGCUGGGUUUUCGGUUAAUGGUACCGAGUUGUACAACUUGCUUAAUGAUAGUGUUUCAAAGUUCUGUGUGGCUUUGAAAAUAAACAGAUAACUCUUGUAUGUCUAAGCCUGGGCUGGAGAACUCUUCCAUGCUUAAUAGGCUUUUUGUAGAUCUUUGAGAAUAUUUCCUGUAUGAAUGAUAUGAUAAUACAGUGUUGUGUGGCCACUGGCACAUAAUACAGCGUGGGCUGUAUUUUGCCUCUGGUUUCCUAAGUCUCCACGGCUGGUCUCAGUGGUACCCCAAGCUAUCUUGUUCCCUCUGAUUUUUAUUUCUUGAUGUUUAAAUGGGGCAGUUCUGUGGCCACUGAGCUGAUGGUUUCCUGUAAACACACAAGUGCCCAUUUUGUAAUUCUGGCAACUACAAUAAAUUUUUCUCUACAAAUGAAAAUACUGCAUAUGGUGGUAAAUGGAGGCUUAGUAGAAUCUCAGUGUAAUAUUUCUUUGUGCUUCCCCAAAGCUGUCACCUCUCUGUUUAUAAGGCAUUUUUGCUUAAUAGCUGUCACAUUUGCCUUUCUGAAUUGUGGCACAGUUUUGACACCCCUGUGUAGUACAGGGCACCUCUUACUUUGGCUACGAGGUCAUCCUGCAGUUUGUACAUUACUAAACUUCUUUUAAAGGAGCUGCGUUAAAAAUGACAUUAAACUUCAGGUUUGUAUUUGUUAACCAGGCUGAGAUUCUGUUAAGGCUGACCAGUAGAGGGAGAAUUAUCUUUCAUUUAUCCCUGUUUGAUUUUUACCUCCAUCCCACCCCCAGUUCUAAAAUAUAGUUUGUCAGAUUUUUCACCGGAUUUGCCUUUUUUAUUACAUUAGCUAGAUUUUUGUAGCUUUCUAUAAGAUGCAUAAAAUACUGCUAUUUUUCCUGGAUAAGGUUGAACAAAUAAAUAUAUAUACAGGAGAUUUAUGUUCUAGGUUGUCAGAUUGUCCCCUUGUCCAAAAAAACACAAAUCCAAACAAACCCAUAGUAGAAAUUUUAUGUGUAAUAUAAUUGUGAAAUACUAUUGCUUAUAGCCUAUACAUGAAGGAGAACUGUAAAUAUGAUUUCCCUGUGCACAAGCACUUGCACUGUAGUUUUGUAUGCGUUUGUAAGACGGUAUUUGUAGCAUAACUGGUUUUGUGUAGUCUGUAAACUGUCUAGGAAUUUUACCUGCUUUACGUGUUUCCUUUUGUCUUCACUGUAAUUGUGUGUUACUCCUUAUAGGUUUCAAUACUGCAGUAAACUUGCAAAAAGAAAUUAACUUCAAGCUGCUUUGAUCAUUAGCGUGUAAGUUGGAAGAAUCGAUGUGUAGAAACUAGCGCUCAGUUGGCCCGAGGCAUGCGGGAGCGUUACGCUAUUUAUUAACAAGUGUUUCUGUAUCAAUAAAUUCGGUAAAGACUUUUUAGCCUUCUUAA